AUGACGGCCUCGUUGAACUCGAAGUUAUCAAUCGACUUCCACCGGGCCAUGUCAAGCUCAAGCAAGUCGACCGAGGUCCAACAUGUGGACUUCCCGGACGAGAUGAUUCCUGCGUCGACAGGGAAGUCGGCCGUCAAUCUCGCGUUGAUGCUGGCUUGCGUGGUCUUCGGGGCUGCGUCGUUCUUGUUUGGCUUCGAUGAUAAGAUCAUAUCGCCAGUGGCUGCGCUGGAACCCUUUGUGGAUCGAUAUCAAGGCCUCAAUCCUAAAACGGGCGUCUACUCUAUGACGGCUCGCAAUCAGACCAUCAUCUUCUCGGUUCCGCUGGUGGGCUCGAUCUUUGGAGGACUCGCAGCUUCGCCUCUGAACUUCCGACUGGGUCGCAAACCACCCGUGCUGAUUGCAUAUGUUAUUUCGGUUGGCGGCGGGUUGCUUCAGCUGUUCGCACCGAACCUGGCAGCUUUUGUCUCGGGUCGGUUUCUGAACGCCAUCGCCAUGGGCAUCGCCAAUGGCACUGUUCCCUUAUACUUGUCCGAGAUAGUCCCCUCCUCGAUGAGAGGCCGGAGCGUUUCGAUGAUCAAUAUCUUAAAUGUGAUGGCUGGGUUGAUAGGAACAAUUGUGGUAUUUGUGACCCAAAAACUAGGGGGCAGAGAGUCGUAUAUGAUCCCCUUGGCGGUUCAGACCGCCGUCCCUGGAGUUCUCUUUAUCUGUACACUCCCUGUCUCGGAGAGCCCCCAGUGGCUGGUCGCCCGAGGCCGCAUGGAGCAGGCCCGGACGAGCCUGCAGAAGCUGCGCGGGUUCGACGCACAGGCGGUAGAAGAAGAGCUGGGCAUCAUUCAGCUCAGCGAACAGACCGAGCGAGAACUGCGAGCCAGUGGGAAUUUCUGGGAGAUCUUCACGCGACAACACCUUCGGCGAACCAUAACUGCCGGCUCUUUCUACUCCUUGAAUCAGAUCUCUGGCGUGAUCCUGUCUACGACAUACAGCACGGUGUUCCUGGCUGAGAUGGGUACCAAGGACCCCUUCUCUCUGACCGUGAUCGCAUCAUGUUGCACACUUGCCGGGGCGAUAGCCGCACCUCUCGUGAUCGACCGAAGGGGACGUCGUCCAACCGCUUUAGUAGGAAUGAGUGCCCUGUUCAUCAUCGACGCCGUGGCCGGGAGCCUGGCGUUCAGCCGAGGCGACGCGCAGUCAAUCCAGGCAAUCGCAGCCUUGUCCUUUAUAUUCAAUUUCUUCUGGGCCUCUUCGUUUGCGUCGUUGUCCAAUCUGAUGCCCUCGGAGAUUGCCACUCCCAAGCUCCGCCACCACACCAUGGCCUAUACAAUUGCCUGUGCGCAAAUCACCGCCGUGAUCACUACGCUCGUCGUUCCGCAGCUAACGACGGCUGACGCGGCAGGCCUAGGAGCCAGGGCCUACCUUAUUUUUGCUGGAUGCAUGGCGUGCAUUCUAGUGUUUACCUACUUCUUCAUGCCCGAAACCAAAGAUCGGACCUUUGCAGAAAUCAACGAGAUGUAUGAGGCUAAAGUACCGGCGCGGAAAUGGCGACAGUAUCAGACUUCAGAACGAGCCCGGACGGGCAAGUGUUUUCCACAUGGACAGACCGUAGUAUCUUCGAGCAAAUCCGGGUCCUAAGCCUGUGGGGGUGAGGGACAAUUCCGUCGUCCUUGGCGUGUAUGUAUAUCAACCUAAUAGACACAAAUUCCUUAUCCUCGGUAGCUUGAGAUGUGCGCAGCAAUCGGUUUGGUCCUCAUCCAGGAGUUAAUGCGUCCCACUUAAUAUAUAAACAUGUGUAUAUCGUAUCGCCGCAAAUGAUAGCGACAGAAAGGGGAGGUAUCCAGAUAAAGAGAGGGGAAGAAGAAAAAAUUACAAAACACAUGUUUCGAAAGACAUGCUUUAUUGGGGAGUCCAGCUCGCGUUUGAUUUGUCGUCUGUAUGCGAAGUACCCAAGAACGUCUUGUACUUUUCCAAGAAUGGGUGGUUGCCGCCCCGAAGACUGCCAAGCAGCAAUAAGAAAUCCUCGGCCAGGGAAUGUGAUAGCGGGGCGGCACGUGGAGAUUGCGACAUCGAUCCUGUCAGAUUUGUAGACGAUACUCCAGAGCCAGACGCAUUCUCAACGGCGGGACCGAGAACGAAUCCAUCUCCUCCGGGGGACCGAGCGUUGGGCGAUACACCGAUGGCACUAAUGGCGAUAUCGUACAGUUUUUCGAC